AUGGCUCACACUUACAGUUGUGCCAUUUUAUUCUGUUUGGUGCCUACUGACCACUGCCUUGAUCUCAUUAACUGGUGUUCAUUUCCUCUGCGGGUGGUUUCAGGCUCGGCUCCAGAGGUUUCGCUGAUAGGCCUGCCAGGCACAGCUAGACUGGCAGAGAACAGCAAGGCUGGCACUGUGACCUACAGCUUCCAGGUGGCUCUGUCCCCAGGUUCCAGCUUGGCAUCAGGAUACCCCAGGAUACUCAACUCUGACCCCCUCACCAACAAAUUCACUGUGUCCAUGAUCAACACUAACAAAGCACAGGUAACAGUAACAGGUACUACCAACCUGGAUUUUGAGACAUCACCCAACAGCUUUGUCCUUCAGAUCCUCGCCGUGGACAGUACGAAGGACCUGGCUCUUCAGAGACUCACAGUGAUCCUAACUGACGUCAACGAACCCCCUGUAUUCCUAGAUGAAGAGUCUGUCCUGUAUGUUCUGGAGAAAUCCCCACCAGGACAGAUCUACAGGCCAACAGUCUCUGAUCCUGAGAACCAGCCUGUGACUUUUACACUGACCCCGUCAAACACAGAGUUUCGUAUUGACGUUGGCUCAGGCUUCCUGACUACAACUAAACAGUUCAGCUAUCUGACUGACCCCAGAAGCUAUGCCUUCAACCUGACAGUGAGUGAUGGGAACAUCAGCAUAUCCAGAACACUGGUCAUCAACAUCGUCAACAGGAACGAUGAUAAACCUCAGUUCCUGAAGUCAGUGUUACUGUUGAAGACUUUACUCUUUCGAUUCCUGUAUGACCUUACCCAUUUUUUUUUUUACUGUAUAUCUAUACUGUGUGUGUUUUGUGUCGUAAGCAGUACAAUCACAGACUUCACAGUCUCUGAGGAGCUGAGUCCAGGGUUUAUCGUGACCAACAUCACAGCAGUGGUACCCGAUGACUCCUUCUACAUCAUCUACAGCAUCGGCACCAACAACUACCUGGCUAUACACAGUUACACUGGCCUGGUGACUAUAGCCAACAGGAUGGACCGUGACUCAGCUCCUCUCAGGGAGGACCCCGUAAUAACAGUCCCUGUGACAGCCACCUCCAGCCCCUCUGGUCCUCCCUCCAACACCAUCACCCUGACCAACACCAUCACUCUCACCAUCACCGUCACUGACAUUAACGACAACCCUCCCAUCUGCUCCCCAGGCGCACAGAGGUCAUAUUUUUAUACUGUUGUUUAUCUUUUAUUUUCAGUAUUGUAUCCAACAGAUAGAGACAGCAGCAGCCAUUAUUGUUAUGUAUCCAUUGCAUCGUUUCCUUUGACUGGAUCCAGGGUGGCAGUAUCUGAGACGGAAAAGCCUGGGGCCCUGAUCACCACGGUAACGUGUACAGAUAAUGACGUUGAGACGGCCUUCAGAGAGUUCCUGUUCACUGGCCUGUCCUGUCUGGGCUGCGCUAACCGCUUUGCUCUGGAACCCACGGGAUCCAAUCAGAUCGUACUCAAAGGAAACCUGGACCUUGAGGAUCCCAGUAACCUGCUUGAUGGUAAUGAAUACAGCCUGUUGGCUGUGGCUGAGGAUAAGGAUGAGCCCAACCUAAAAGGUAGUGCAUACAUCUAUGUGACGGUGACACCUGUGAAUGAGUUUCCCCCUGUGUUUAGCACUCCAUCGUAUUUCUACAGAAUCUCUGAGCUUCUUGGACGUGGGACGGUGAUAGGAUCAGUGAAAGCUACGGACAGAGACCUCCCUGCCACCGACGUCCGUUACUCCCUGAUCUCUGGUGGAGGAACUGGUGGUCUGUCUAACAUCUUCUCCCUGGACCCCAAGCUGGGGAGUCUCACCCUACUGACCCGGCCAGACUACGAGACCACCCAGACCUACCGCCUGGUCAUCAGAGCUGAGGACGGGGACCCCAUCAGUCCGCUCAUUGUCACCACUACGGUCACUAUCAACAUCACAGAGGCCAAUGACGAGCCUCCACUGUGUGGCCCCAACCAGACACAUCUAAUAAUCCCCAAGGACCUGAGGACAGGCUCCAACAUCCAGGGCUUCAUCAUGACCUGCUCAGACAGGGACUCCCCUUCAGCCUCCUUCAUCUACUCUAUCUCAGGGGCCAGCAACCUGAACAACAAUUUUGUGUUCUCACCUUCCUCUGGCACCAACGUCACCAGACUCUUCCUGAAGGAGCCCUUUGACUAUGAGAGUGGCCUGGACCGAGUCUGGCACUACAGCCUGACUGUGCUGGUUUCUGAUGGGAACCUGCGGUCUGCAGGGUCUGAGCCAAGAGGUCUGACCCAAACUGGCACAGUCAUCAUCAAUAUCCUAGUAGUGGACCCUGACCUCACCACCAUCACCACCACAACUAUAGUAAGCCUCAUCUCUAUACUUUUGCAGCCUCGUGUAACAUACAUCACCAUCACCAAGAACACGUACAGCAUUGACGACUGGUAUAUAUGGUUUGUCAUUGCUCUGGGGACCAUGCUACUGCUUGGUUUACUGUCAUACCUGCUGUAUCACCUCUGUGGGAAGCUCUACAAGGCUCUUAAACACAGUGUCUGCUCCUGCUGCGAACCCAGGCCCCGGGAAGACAAGGAAGUACUGAUCCCAGAACCAACACCUCCAAAGAGGGAAAUAUUAAUGGUGAGUCUACCUACAGUCUGGCUACAGUCUACCUACAGUCUGGCUACAGUCUACCUACAGUCUGUUAAAGUGCCGCUGUGUUCUAGGACCUCGAUUCAAUUGUUGGUGACUGUCCUCUCUAUAUACACGCUCUCUCUAUUCCAGGAAGUGAUCAAGAUCAACACUGUAUUUGAUGGAGAGGAAGUUGAUCCUGUCACAGGGAGGGUGUACGAGUACAACAGUAAGUCUGGAGCCAGACGCUGGAAGGACGUUACCACUGUGUCUGAGUCUGUCCCUAUGAUACAGCCAGAGAGCAGCAGCAUGGUCAGGAGUGGGAGGGCUAGCACUGGCCAAUCAAAAAUGAGGAGUGAGGGAGUAGGCAGGGCCACAGAGGAUAGAGGAUCUCCCUGGUCCAGUCAGAGCAGACAAACGUCUGGAUAGUCUGCAAGGUCUGCUCGGUCUGCUCUUUCAGAAGGAGGCGUAAAGUUAGAUAUGGUACCCAUGACAACUAGGGGAAGGCCCAACAUGUCUGAAUUCUGAUUCCUCACUGACAUAUAAUACAUUACUUGUGUGUUUAGACAUUUUUCAAAUCAUUAUUAUAGGAUUUAAGUUUUGGGAAAAUUGUUUAGCCUUUACAACAGUUGUGUAAACGUUUGUACAGAUAAUGUACGUGCAGAGAUACUCAAAUAUGUUGUACAUUAGUACAAGCUGGGUCGGGUCAUAAUAUGACUUGGUAACAGCUUUGUAAAUCAAAAUAACAGACAAAUAAAUAUAACCUGUCAACGCUUAUCUAGAUCAAAACUGCUCUGGUGUUGCUAUGUUACACAGACCGUUGAGGCACAGACCGUUGCCGUCAUUCAUCAAAGUCAAGUGUAACCAACUGUCCUACUGAUGAUUCACUAAUCCUGCCACCCUUCUACCAUAACUGUGUCUUUUGGUACGUUUUGAAAUGCUCAGAAAAAAAGUAUAUUCACACAGAAAAUAAUCAAAUAACAUUUUCAUAAUUGCAAAGAAAGUUGCUAUAGACUAUAAUCAACUUUUUCAAUGUUAAAAGACCGGUCCUGUACAGGACAUCAACUAACAGUUGGGCACUACAGUCAGACGCUUCAUCAUUGGUCAGGGCCUUUUCACGCAGGGAAGUUCUCAGCAGUCAUAUGAAUGACACAGUUGGUCUUCAGACACUCCUGGGAAGAGAAGAGAAGGGAAGGGAAGAGAAGGGAAGAGAAGAGAAGGGAAGGGAAGAGAAGAGAAGGGAAGGGAAGA